GUUCUAUGUCUAUGGUUAGUGAUGAAUUAGCCGCUAUAGACUUAUAGCUUAGCUUCGUUGUGACUAUUUAGUGAUCAAUAACCAGGUUUAUGUAAUUAAAAUAGGUUUUAAAUAGUGGACAAGCUGUAUUUUUUGUUUUCUUAUAUUUACUUUAUGUUACUAACCAAGAACAAGUGAUAAUAUGCAAUCAGGAAGUGGUCCUAAAAAUCCACCAUGGGCUCGAUCAAACGUGAACACAAAUAUGACCGGCAUGAAUCCGCAAAUAAUGGAUCCAAAUGCAAUGAUGACGCAGCAGGGUAUGAUGCAGUUUCAACAAACUCAGGCUGUGUUUAAUCCUAGUAUGAUGCAAGCUCAAAGUGGCAUGGCUAUGCCGAUGGGCGGACAAAUGCCAAUGAACCAAAUGACUCAAGGUCAAAUGUAUCCUGGCAAUGUUGUUGCGUAUCCGACGCCUCGUGCAAUGAAUCCAGGGAUGUAUCAAAAUACGCAAACGAAUCAGUCGUCCAACAGUUCCGAUCAACGUGUUUUCACUGGGACUGUAACAAAGACUCACAAUGAUUUUGGGUUUGUUGAUCAUGAUGUUUUCUACCAAACGUCUGUUUGUGCCAAAGGUAUUAUUCCUAAAGUAAACGACAGAGUUCUUGUUGAAGCAUCUUACAACCCAAAUAUGCCAUUUAAAUGGAAUGCGACUCGUGUGCAAGUGUUGCCUAAAGCUGGACCGAAUCAGAAGAAUCCUCCCAAGCAAAACAAUUACAAUGCUGUGCCGCCCCCAGUCAAGAAGUCUAUGCCAUCCCGUCGGGACGAGAGGCCUCCUCGUAGAGAUGAAAGACCGAAGAGGUCCCGCUCUAGGACACGUUCACGUUCUCGCGAUCGUCGUGACAGCCGUAGCCGUCGUGAUUCUCCUCCCCGCAAACGGCCGGUCAUACACCAGCCAUCACCUAUCAAAUAUGUUGUGCGUGUACCACGGAUCCCACUAGACAUUCAAAAAAUGGAUGUCCCAGGCCUAUCACAAAGAUAUACAAAUCUUUAUGUGCCUUCUGACUUUUUUAAUGCUCAAGUAAAGUGGGGAGAAACAUUCCCACCACAAACACCAUUUUCUAUUAACAAUCCAUGUGCCUAUCAUAUUAUGAACAAAGAAAUUGAUAGUCCAACUGCCAAUGACUCAAUUUUGGAACCAUCCGAUGCUGAUUAUAGAUUUUCAGCUAAAGUCAUGCUAAUCAGUAUGCCAACAUUGGAGACUUUGUAUCAAAAAUGUGGACUCACCAAAGUUGAUGAAAAAGAUAAACGCUCAAACAACAAAACUCCAUUGCAUCCAACUAGACUUAUUAAGUUUCUCGUAGGGCAGAAGGGAAAAGGUGGUGAAAACUUUGCUAUAGGUGGACCCUGGAGCCCAUCCUUAGAUGGUGAAAAUCCUCAGGGUGAUCCAAAAGUUUUGGUGAAGACUGCAAUACGUACUUGUAAAGCUUUAACAGGCAUUGAUUUAUCAUCAUGUACCCAGUGGUACCGAAUGGUGGAGUUUUACUACUGGCGCGAAGGCAGCGGCGGCAAGUCGCGGCUCGAGUGUGUGGUGUUGUUCCUGCCGGACGUGUGGUCGGCGCAACCGUCGCGUGUCGACUGGACCACCGUACAGGAGCAGUAUAAAGCAGCCUGCGAUGCCGCCUUACAAAAGCUCGAGAGCGACCAACCGGAGUCCAGCAAGCCUAAGCAACAACCGGCGGCAGCGGCAGCAGUGGCGGCCGACUCUUCUGCGGCGGACAAAUCGCAAAUUGAAAAAGAUUUGGAUAGUAGCACAAUAACCAUUGAUGAAAAUGAUGAGGAUGAGGAAAAACCAGAACCGAGCCAUUAUUCUAAAAUAGAUCUGAGGUCUAUAAAGGUGGAACAGCUGCGUCAAGAAUUACGCGCACGUAACGUUAGUUGCAAAGGACUGAGAUCACAGCUUGUGUCACGGCUCUCGAAGCUACUGAAGACUGAGGAAGCUGAAGAUAAAAAAAGUGAUGAUGUCAUGGAAUUGGAAGAUGAUGAGCAGGAACCAGAGAAAAAAGAAAUUGAGGAGGAGAAAAUAGAAAUUAAAGAUGAAAAAGAAGACGAAGCUAAGAAAGCUGAGGCUAAAGUAGAUGAAGGUGAUAAGAAAGAAGAAAAAACAGAAAAAGUUGAAAAGAAAACUGAAAAAGAAAUUGAAGAAGAAAAAAGAAAGCUGGAAAAAGAAAAGCAGUUGCGCAAAUCGCGUUACGAAAUCCCGCCAACACCUCACAUUCUUGUGCACCCGUCUACUACGGCGAAAGGCGGUAAAUUCAACUGUAGCGUUGCUACACUAUCGCUACUUCUUGAUUAUAGAAUUACUGACAAUAAAGAACAUAGUUUUGAGCUAUUCGUAUUUGCCGAGUUGUUCAACGAAAUGUUGAUGCGCGACUUCGGCUUUUACAUUUACAAGACGUUGUACACUCUGCCAGAGAAGACGGAAGAAAUUAAAGAGAAAGAGAAGUCCGAAGAUAAAUCGGAAAAGAAGGUGGAAGAGAAGAAAGAAGAAAAGAAAGAGGAGAAAAAAGAUGACAGGCGUGAUGAAAGGCGCGAUUCACGAAGGCGAGACCGAAAGGAAAGUCCUAGUGACGAUGAACGCAGCGGUUCUCCAAAACGACGUAGCCGUGGUGUUGAGCUGCCUCCUGAUCCAUACCUCUUGCUCUCCCUUGUGUACUUUGACACGUCUCGCGGAGGCAGCAUGACCAAGAAAGAUCUGCAGAACCUAUUCAUGAGCCUCGGAUUACAACUGUCUCGUUCACAAAUCAGAGCUGUCCUUGAGAAAGUGUGCGUAAAAGAAAUUUUCAACUACAAGUCACUUAUACAAACCAUCAGAGAUGUUGCAUCUGGGGCACCUGAGGCGAUACAAGAUUUCCCAUUGGACAGCACUAUCAUAACUAAUGAUGUGCCAACACAUAUUGCAGAAUUAGAGGAAGCUAUAGCUGCAGGCAACAGAAAUUUGUUGCCUUUAUUCCAUACGUCAGGUGAAGAUUCUGAAAACAAGUCCGGAGAAACGAAAGAUGUUACUGAUUCAGGCAUGGUGAUGUACAAGUCGCGGCUGGUGGACGUGGGCGCGCUGGUGGCGGCGGGCGCGCGGGCGGCGGGCGCGCGCGCGCGGCUGGAGGCGGCGCUGGAGGCCACGCGCAGCGCGCUGCGGGCCGCGCGCGCCGCCGCGCACUCCACGCAGCAGGCCGAGCGCGGCGCGCAGUCGCAGGUGUCCGACCUCAGCGCCAGCCUCGCCGCCGCGCGCGCCAGGAUCGCCUCGCUCACCGCAAGUUCUAAGAUAUUCCAUUCAGCUUUGAAGAGUAUUCAGUCAAAAGUAGAAGCUGUCGUUAACAUCAAAUAUGAAGAUGAUGACGUCGUAGAAAUUGUUAAUGGACCUGCACAGAAUGACAAGGACUCGAAGAAGGAUUCCAAAACUGAAAAACAGGAAAAUAAAGAGACAGCUGCUACUGAACAAUCUUCAAAUUCAACAAAACCUGCAGGUGACGUUUUAUUAGAUGGAGAAACAAAAGAUGAGGAAAAUGAGGCUCAGGAAACUGAUAUAACCUCAGACAACAUGGAUCUCGAUGAUAGGGAAUAACUUCGUUUUAUAACUUAAAUAAAAUAUAAAUGGCCUAUAAAGGCAUAGUUUAUUUAAGCUGUGGCCUACAGAAGCACAGUUUGUAUAAGCUGACAUAGGCGAACUUAAAAAGCCUUUUAAUAUGUUAAAAAAAACGAAAAACCAUUGUAAUUUGAUUUUAAUUUCUGGUUAAAUGUAAGAUUUAUGCUAAAUGAUCGUAACUUUUAAAAGUGUAGUGUUUAGUAGUGUAACUAACUGAAUUUAGUGACCGAGUAUGGUUUUGUUUGUCUCAAAUAUUACUUUUAGAAUCAGAUAAAUGUUUUUGUUCCCACUUGAAAUUGAUAAAAAACGCCAAAUUUCGACAAGGGUUCUCGUGUAGUUUAUGGAGUCUCGUAAAUACUAAAUUUUUAUAGCAGACGUUUAUACGUAUGGUGUAAUUCUGGUCAAAAAAAAUUAUAUUUAGGUGUUACAUGUUCAAUUAUGUAAAAAAAGUUGACAUUAAAUACAAGUACCAACAUAUUACCAGUUAUUUCUGUACCACAUGAUCUUACUUUUAUCCGCCCUGAAGUUUAGAGUAAAUUGCAACUUUAGAGAUCAAUGUAGUUUAUUAAUUGAGCAUGUAGCCCUAAAAUCGGGUAAGUGGCACCAAUAUUUGUUUAUGUAUUAAAUGUCAUAGAUUUACAUAAGACAGCCAAAUGUAUUUCAUAGAAAUUUGUGUGAUAAUAAAAAAACCUGUCUUACGACUUCGAUUGUUGGACCAGAUUAUUAUAUAAGGUAGCUUAACAAUACUAAAUCACACUUACGAAAAAACUUAAAUAACUCUACUCUUGUAUAAUGUAAGAAGUGAAUCCUCGUUUCAAAUCUAGAUAAGUAUUGGUGUGAAUUUUAUAACAUGUAGGUUACUUAAACCAAAGCAUUCUCUUGCUUUGUAAGUCUAGAUAUAAGUAUUUCUGUGCAUUUAAAUGCAAUAAAAUAGAUUCGUGCAAA